AUGCUACGUUUGCCGGUGCAUGGUCCUCCGGUGAGGUUGUUUGUGGGCCUCGCGUGUGUCCUGACCCUCUCAAAUGCAGUGUCUGGCCCUAGAGGAGAAGACAAGCAAGAAAAGGGAAUGACUUUCCUUCCUGGAGCAGUGUCUGUUCUUAAGGAAGAGAAGAAGGAAGAGGCGAUGACAUUUCUUGCUACCACAGAGCUCCCUGCCAAGUCUGUGGAUCUGUCUGCGCUCAACCUGACGGAGCUUGUGAAUGGGAUGCUGAGUCGAGCUUUGAAAGAGAGCAAGAAGUUCUUCUCCUUGCUAACAGUUACAUCCUACAGUUCCUUCGCCUUUCACAAGGUUUCCAUCGCUAUCUACAACAUCUCCAAUCCCAAGACAGUGGACCCUGCCACGUUUCCCACCAGGUACUGCUACUGCUUAAACAACCGUACCAAUGACUUGUCAGAUUUCACAGCCUUGCUGGUGGAUAUCAUUGGAAAUUCGACCAGCUACCUCACAGAGAUCUUUAAGUCCACCUCCAUCCUCUCAGUGAGCCAGACCAAUGAUUCAGACUGCAUCUUCAUCUGCGUGAUGGCAGGGAGGUCAGGAAGGAAUCUCUCUGACUUCUGGGAGAUGGCAGAACGAUCCCCCGUGCUCAAUUACACCUUCACCAGUAGUGUGGCUGUGGCUGGUGUCCUGGGUACAGCUACCAGAAAAGCCACAGAGACCUCCAGGCUAACAACCCAAAGCCAGCAGACACUACCAGAAGCAAGCCCCCCCAACUGGACCCAGAGCUCACACCGGGAGUCUGCUCCGAGGACCUUCCUAUGGGCAGAAACAAGUUCUCCUUCUGAGAGAGAGGUUGAGGAGAACACGGCGAGGCUGAUUCCUUCUACAGCCACACAGAGGGAUCCCUCUCACACCCACUCAACUUCUGCUUCAGGGAAGGUGACCAGAACACCACGGGUGACAGCCAGCAGACAGACAUGGGCUUCUGCAUUAUCAGUGUCCAGGGCUCAGACCACGAAUGAGAAGACACCUGGAGGUCCUCCCUGGAAAACCCGCACCCCCACAUUCACAUCCCCCCCAGAGGCCCAGGAGGCCAUCGAUUUUGCUGAGAUAUGGGCCGUGCCCAGCAAAGUGGCUCGGCCCAGUCCAGAUUCAGGAUCAGCCACCCCUGGUACACGGACUCCAAGUCCAACCAAGGCACCAGCCCCGAGAGAUCCCCAGAUGGAUGAUGUCCCUGCAAGAUGGCCACUCACCCCUGGAGAAGACGCAGCUUUGAUUCCUGCACCCCACCGUGUAUCAAGGUGUCCUCGGUUGCCCCUCAAAGAGGGAUCCAUGACAGCUGCUCCUCUUCCCACGGUCAUCAGGAAGCUUAACCCGUGCUUGAUGGAGCUGUGCCGCUACUUCCAGCAAUGCCUCUGCGUGAGCCAGAUGAGGGAUUCCAGCUCAGAGACCAUGAGGUACUGUCUAGAAUUCUACUCUUGGUUUCUAAAGAAUGCAACGUUGAUCUGUGGGAGGGUGAAGAGAGUCUCGCACUCACACACCUUGAAGCAGAAAUGCCUUGAGAAUGUCUGCAAGUCUGUAUGA